GCACCGCGUCAGGAGAAAACCCUAAUCCUAAACGCCCGCCAUCCGGCGCCGCCAAGAUGCCGCCCAAGUUCGAUCCGAGCCAGGUCGUCGACGUCUACGUUCGCGUGACCGGCGGCGAGGUGGGCGCUGCCAGCUCGCUCGCGCCAAAGAUCGGGCCUCUAGGGCUCUCCCCGAAGAAAAUCGGCGAGGACAUCGCCAAGGAGACGGCCAAGGAGUGGAAGGGCCUCCGUGUCACCGUCAAGCUCACCGUGCAGAACCGGCAGGCCAAGGUCACCGUCGUCCCCUCCGCUGCCGCCCUCGUCAUCAAGGCCCUCAAGGAGCCCGAGCGCGACCGCAAGAAGACCAAGAACAUCAAGCACAACGGCAACAUCUCCCUCGACGACGUCGUCGAGAUCGCCAGGGUCAUGCGGCCUAGGUCCAUGGCCAAGGACCUCUCCGGCACCGUCAAGGAGAUCCUCGGCACCUGCGUCUCCGUCGGCUGCACCGUCGACGGGAAGGACCCCAAGGACCUCCAGCAGGAAAUCUCCGACGGCGACGUCGAGGUGCCGCUCGAGUGAGACCAGGUUCCCUUUACACCCCCCUAUUGUAUUGCUUCAAGUUGUUCCCUUUGUUACUGUUUCCUUUUUAUCUCGAAUCGCACAAAAUGCCUUAUUUUUCCUAGCAAAUUAUGUGCUUCUUUUUGUUGUUUUAGUUCAUGUUUGGAGGUAAAUCUAUGGAUUAAUACGAGUUUAAUUUCUAGUGUUCCCUUUA